CCCGAAAAUCCAUUGCAGUCCAGUUUGCAGUUUCAGCCCAAAAUAGGAGAAGAGAAAGCUGAAGAACUUCGCAGCUUCGACUUUCCAGUUCCAAAACGAAGCCCGAAUUCCAUUACUGCAGCUUUCACCAGAGCUUCCUUUCAAUCUCUUUCUCUCUAUAAUCGGCGAAAAUCCUCUUCUUUUUCGUUUUCGUUCUUCCAUAUUCGCUGAUUAUGCCAGACGUGCAAGCUCUUGUGAAUGAUUUCGUUAUCAAGCUUAAGAAGCGUAAAAUUGAGGGCUCUUUGGCCACCGCGAAGCAUACAGCUGAAUUGCUUCGUUCUGUCAUUUCCCAGCAGCGAAUACCCUACACGAAUCAGGCGGCUGCUUUGAUUGAUGCUGUGAAAGCUGUUGGAGAGCAGCUGAUUGCUGCGAAUCCUGUUGAGCUUGCUGUGGGUAAUAUUGUGAGGCGUGUUUUGCACAUUAUUAGGGAGGAGGAUCUCUCUCUCACCACAGCUUCAAUUGCUGGGUUGAAUUUAGCAGCAGUUAGUGAUGAUGAAGAUGACAAUGAAAAAGAUGAUCGCCCGGUCCUCUCAGCUGCUGCUGUUGCAGCUGCUGCAAGAAGCACUUUGCGACCGCCUUCCUUGCAAACUCUUCUUGAGGAUGUUCCUAACCAAGCAUCUGUUCAUCAAACUUCUUCAUCUGGAGGUGAUUCAGAAGGAAAGAGCAAAUCUGCUGAUAAAAGUUCAAGGAGUCGGAAACUCAAGCAUGAUGUAAUUGAAGCUGUUAAUGAACUUAUUCAGGAUAUUGCAACUUGUCAUGAACAGAUUGCUGAGCAAGCAGUGGAACACAUUCAUCAAAACGAGGUAAUAUUAACUCUGGGGAGUUCCAGAACAGUAUUGGAAUUUCUUUGUGCUGCUAAGGAGAAGAAAAGGUCCUUCCGGGUGUUUGUUGCUGAGGGUGCUCCAAGAUAUCAGGGUCAUCUUCUUGCUAAGGAGUUGGUUACAAGAGGUUUACAGACCACACUUAUUACUGAUUCUGCAGUUUUUGCCAUGAUCUCUCGGGUGAAUAUGGUAAUAGUUGGCGCUCAUGCUGUCAUGGCAAAUGGUGGUGUCAUAGCACCUGUUGGAUUGAAUAUGUUGGCCCUUGCAGCUAAAAGGCAUGCUGUUCCUUUUGUUGUACUAGCUGGAAGUCACAAGUUAUGCCCUUUGUAUCCUCACAAUCCUGAAGUUCUACUUAAUGAACUGAGAUCCCCAUCAGAGCUACUGGACAUCGGUGAAUUUUCAGAUUGUAUGGACUUUGGAACUAACACUGGUUCUCCUCUUCUUCACGUAGUUAACCCUACAUUUGACUAUGUGCCGCCAGCACUCGUUAGUUUAUUUAUUACUGACACAGGCGGCCAUAACUCAUCAUACAUGUAUCGGCUUAUUUCUGAUUAUUAUUCAGCUGAUGAUUUGGUAAUUAAACGAAGGCUUUCGACAGGGAGCUGAUUGUUGCUCCCUUCUUAUUCAUCAAAUAUUUGGAUUGCAGUUAGCAACACGAGCAAGUUAAUGAAAAGAAUCACAAAUUCUAGCAUCUCAACCAUGUAGAACCAUCAUCCUCGAUUCAACAAAAGGGAAAGAAAAGGAACAGAAAAGGUUCAAAUUUGGCUGAACGAAAAGCCUAAAGGUUUUGGCCAUUUUGUGUUUAUUGCGAGUUUUCUGGCUGGCUGAAGGGUGUUGAGUUGGUGUGGAAACAAUGGAAAUUGGUGGCGUUCUUUUUGUUGUUUACUUUGCUGCCAAAGCCCGAACAUUGUGUUCUGCAGAUCAUUGGUAGAAUCAAUGAACUACAGAAAAAUCAAGGUUUUUUUAGCAUUUUGCACAAGAAACUUUGGCCAUUUGAGAUACUUUUUCCUUUUUCUUGUUUGUAUCCCAAGCAUUCUUUCAUGUUGAGAAUUCUGAGUUCUAGACAGGCAAGACCAAUAUGAUAGGCCCAUAGUAAAAAAUGCAUAUUCUUGACAUAUCAGCGUUUCUUUUAAGCUCUUGGAAUUUGUAUCUUUGCCUUCAGUUCUUCA